CACAGCUGGGUUCAUUUUGUCAGCCCCUCCAGAAAAAAUAAAAAAUAACACCCGAUCUGCCCAUUGCAGGGAACAAAACAAUUUGCAAACAUUAAGUUAUAGACAGUGUCGUUUGAUUUUCAUGAAACGCGUGAACGACACAUCUCCUGCUCUACAUACCAGCUAUGGAUAUCGAUAUGGAUGUGGACGGCGAGCCGAAUGCGCACACGGAACUUUACGACGAUGGCCUUGACUUGGGGUUUAACAUGGCGCAUGCGAUCCUUUUUGAGCUGGCCGAGGAGCUGCGCGAGAAGUUCGCUAGUGAUGGGAACUUAAAGUUCUCGCAGCUAAAUACAAUUUAUUUGUCUGCUCGUAAUAGUCAAAUGAAGCGCUUCGUCGCCGCCUUAAAUGGCGUAAAAAGAAAGGAGAUUCAGAAUUAUUUGGUCAACACGAGAUUCGAUGAGCCCGAUGGCCAAUCACUCACGCCUCUUACGAUGGCCGCCAUGUCCGGUAAUGUUACGUUUGUGAAGACGCUUCUGUCUCACUACGACAUAGAUCUCGAACGGGAAUGUAAUGUCAUAUUCGAUGGUCUGGUGGUUUACGGUGCCACGCCCCUGUGGGUCGCAGCUGGCAUGGGUCAUCUACAAAUUGUGAAGCUGCUGGUACAAGCCAAAGCCAACGUCAAUCACAAUACCAAGGCGCAAAGUUCUCCGCUGCGUGCGGCCUGCUAUGAAGGUCGUCUGGAUAUUGUGCGUUACCUAAUUGAGCACGGAGCUGAAGUGAAUGCCACCAAUGCUUUCAACAACACCUGUAUAAUGAUUGCUGCUUAUAAGGGACACGAGUUGGUCGUGGACACGCUUCUCAAGAACGGGGCGCGCACCAACGGUCAGGCGUUGUGUGGUGCCACUGCAUUGCACUAUGCUGCCGAAAGUGGACAUCUAGAUGUAGUACGUCUACUUUUAGAUCAUGGUGCAACAUUGCACAAGAAUGAGCUGGGCAUAACGCCAGCGCUGCAGGCAGCCGAGCGUUUGCAUGAGGAGGUUCUGGAGGAAUUCCUUCAGCGUCCUGGACUAAUGAGUCUCGAGGAGCAAAUCACGGCAAUGGAGCUGCUAGGUGCCACAUAUGCCAAUGACAAGCUCAAGUACGAUGUUAAUCGGGCAUACAGCUAUCUAAUGCGGGCCAUGCAGCUGCGUUAUGAGAAUCCGCAAAAUAUUGUGCGCAAGCGAGUUUUGCAGCCCAUACCCGCCUACGAUAGUUGGUUUGAGACUGAAAAUUUGCCAGAACUGAAUGCUAUCAAGUUGAAUCACCACUCUAUACACAUGGAGUCGUUGACUAUACGCGAACGCAUACUGGGCAGACAAAAUCCGGAACUGCCACAAGCGAUUAUUUAUCGUGGUGCCGUCAUGGCUGAUCAGGGACGUUACGAACAGUGUCAAGUGCUAUGGAACUAUGCUAUCGAUUUGCGCAUGCGCAAUAAUCUGUCCGUUGAACGUGAUUUAUUAAGAUUUGCUCAGCUCUUUGCGCAAAUAUUGCGUGUAGCCAAUCACCGCUUGACCCUGGAUCAUGUUGUUCCAGUUCUCGCCAAGUGCCAACAUGAGAUCGAACUGAAUAAAUGUAAAAUGUUGAAUGCCAAACCAAACUCCUGUGCCAGCAUGCUGCAGGACCAAAAUAAUCAGAACUGCAUUACAGCAUUGUAUUUAAUCAAAAUUGUCACACAAUUAGCUCGCCGCAGGAAAGAUCAGGACAUCAACGAGGAGCAAAUUCAGCAGCUGUUCCUUGUAGUAAGAAAGUUUAUCCAAAACGAUACACGGUUGCAGGAUGGCCAAACUUUGCUGCAUCUAGCUGUAAAUGGCGUGACCCCUGUGGAUGAGUUCUACACCAAUGAGAUGUGCAGAUUCCCUUGCUAUGCCACUGCUCUGGUGCUUGUGCACUGCGGCGCCUCUGUCCUUGCCGUCGAUGCUUCGCGCAACACACCGCUACACAUUUUAGUUACUAGGGUGAAUGGCACACAGGAGCGGCACACGGAAAUGGCACGUAUUGUGCAACUAUUUGUUGAGGCGGGCGCACAUUUGGAUGCCGUAAAUGCUGCAGGUCAAACAGCAGCGGCAGCAUGCAAGCAAAGCACACUGGCUAAUGUACUGCAUGGAUACCAGAAUGCUCACUCCACGCUGAAAUGUCUCGCGGCCCGCAUUAUAGCCACCCACAGGCUGAACUUUAAGGGAACAAUACCAACCGCAUUGGAGGGGUUCAUUCAAAUGCACAGCGUAGAUAAUUUAUCAAAAAUGUAAAAAACCUCAGAGCUUCGGCAUGCCGACGUCUGCAUACCCUUGCAAACCUCAUUUACCGAACGGUUUGGUAUAUCAAAUAGGGGAAAGAUCUACAUAACCAAUAUCCUUUCCAAAGCUUAGCAGCUAUUUGAUCUAGUCAACUACCUUGAAUCGUCAACCCUGUACCGAAGGUGAAAAGGGUAAUGCCCCAGAUAGGUGUAACAGUUUACACUUGGAUCUGGCAAAAUAAUAUUUUUAGAAACCAGCCUUUAUUUCACGUUCUUUGAAUUUCGCAACACUUUAACAGACGUUGCCAAGAAAAUGAACAAAUGAAAAUUGUAGAAAAAUAAAUUAAUAAAAAUGUUCGUUUGUGGAGAACUCUUUGCAAGGGUAUAACAUGCCAGAAACACUAAAACAUAUUUUUAUAUCGAAUUUAGUGACUUAAUUAGCAAAUUGCCAACAUUUUAUUUUUCUAUUACUUAUUUAUGUAUGUAUGUAUUGUGUUAUCGUUUUCAGUAAGCAUAAUUUAUUUAUAUAUACAUUUUAAACACUUCUGACUGAUGUUUAUUGUAAUCAUAUAUAAAAUCAUUUUGUACAUUUUCUA